AUGCCGACACCAUCUUUCAUCCAGUUGCAGCUGUCGCAACACAAACAAUGGCUUAUUGAGCUCCGUCGAGAUCCUGACAUGACUCUUGCCAAAAUUCAGACCGAGUUGAAUAACCAACAUCAUGUUAAGGCUAGGUGCGUCUUCCACAACCUCAUGCUUCGUCUGCCACGAGAAUCGCCAGACAUUAGACUGCAGCACGAAAUCAACUCCGACUCGGUAUUGCAAGCAGUCUGCGGUGCGAACCCGGAUGGAGAAGCCAUAAUGCCACAUGGCAGUACUUCGGUUGACAAUGACGCCGUCCUCGCGCCGAGUGCUCUCAUGUCCGAUCAAGACGUGAGGUCUAACCCUAUCGGCUCUCAAUCUGCGAGCACGAGCAUUGUGAAUCAAGCUCAGCUCGUAAGAUCCCCGGCCGACAGGGUGUCGUACUCUGAUCAUGUCUUUGAGGUGCCUCGGGAUAUGGAUUUCCUGAUAGCAUCUCCUCCCUUCAGACUGAAUUUUGAACCUGAGGAUUACGAGAUGAGUGGAGGAAUCUAUGAUUCGAUUUCCUCAGAAAACUUGACUGGAUUGAAUUCAUCUGUCAAUUUCCAGCUGAGUCCACAAUUUCAAGCUGGAUAUGCUUACGAGUGUCCGAGGAGCGCCUUUCCUCGCCAUCGCAUCCCUAAUCUCAGUCUUCUCGAAUCUGCUCGCCGUCUUGAUCAGACAUCUGGUUCUGUGAUCUCUCAGCGUGGAAGACUUAUAACACAUGACGCAUUGCCAACCGCCGAAAAGCUUCUAGACAACCUACAGUCUGUGGUGUCCAUCGAGGCGACGCAGAGAGAGCUGCAGUCCCUGAUCUCUAUCAAAACUCCAGGAAGGGAAUUCUGUGGGUCUUUGAAUGCCAUUGCGGGAAACGAAUCACUCACGAACCCAUUCGUUCAAUUGUUUCUCUUCUCCAUCAUCAACAACUUCGCUGGACUUGACACGAUACCCAUGAAAAUGAUCAUGAGAUUCAUCAAUCAGCACGAGCCUGUACGGUCUGGCAUCUUGAGCUACCUUAAAAUGGGAGCAUCGACAAUCCCUGCGACUGCCUUGGUGGAAAAGCUGCUCAAGGCUGCGAUAGAAGGCUGUGCUGUGAAGACAGUCCACGACCUUCUGGCAUUAGAAAUCGUUAAACCAGAUGACAUCAUAUUUACACAGAGAGCUGACGUCUACUGGGACGGCAUAAAGGGGAAGAAUCGCAUGACACCUCUCGAAAAGGCAUCACGUCUGCGCCACUUUGACAUGAUGGAACUGCUGCUACGUUUUGGUUCCGACGUGAAUAAAACCUACGACGAUCCGGAUUCUUUUUUAGAGCGAGGAGCUCUUGAACACGCUAUUCGUAUGUGGGGUGGUCAUCAUCAGAUCGAUAUCAGGCUUGUGGAUUUGCUCCUGAAUAAGGGUGCAGCUGUAAGCGGCCGGGUUGUGAGAGCUACAAUCCGCUGGGGAGACGCUGCACUGAUUGAGAAGCUCAUUUCAAGGCUUCCUUCAUCAGAACAUGAGUACUGCUUUCGUUACGUGCUUGAUGAUGCCGCUGAAUACCUCAGAAACGAGCAAGGCCUGAGAUUCAUCCGCCAAGUCAUCCAGGUGUGCCGUGACACACAUGACAACAAAUGCAUCAGCUCAUAUCAAGGCCAGGUGGCCAAGAUGAUGACCAACGCAGCAAGGAGGAAAAACAAUGAGCUUGUCAACUUGCUCCUUCCGCAUGGAGGCCAGCGCGGUCUAGAUUUUGCGCUCACAGCUGCAACGCGGUCUGGAAGCCUCAGUUUAGUGCGCUUGCUUCUUGCGCAUGGUGCACGUGCAGAUGGACCACUAAUCAGGCUUGACAACGACUACUUCGAUACUACACCUUUAGCAGAAGCAAUCCGAAGUGACGAUACUGAAAUUCUGGAGUUGCUUGAAGAAAAAGGUGCCUGGCGCCAAAUUGGAGAACCUGAUCGCCUGGAAGCCGCAUUGCAUGCGAUCGUCAACAUAAAUAAGUCGGAUUAUCUUUACCGGAUUCUACAUCUGGUUCCGAAUCCGAAACCCGACGUGCUCAGCAUGCCGCUGUACGAGGCUAUAAGUGCAGGUCAUGAAGAGAUUGCGUUGAGGCUGGUGGAGGCCGGUGCCGACGUGAAUAAGAAGGCGAAUUGGUCUGGUCCUCGGACCGCUCUUUGCGAAGCCUUGCGAAUCAGGAGCCGAUCUCUAACCUGGGCUAUCAUGGAAUCUGACGCGCAUGUAGACUACGAGGCACUGGAGAUGGCAAUCACAUGGGGCGAUCCGCAGAUUAUCAAAGCGCUUCUUUCUAUGGGCGCCGAUGUGAAUGGUUUUCGGAACGAAUCUCCUCUUGCAGUUGCUGUGAAAACUGGCAAGAGGCCACUGAUCGAUCUUUUGAUCGAUCUAGGUGCUGAUUUGAGUCCCAAACGCAGCUCUCCCCUCGCUGCUGCCGUGCUGGCUGGAGAUACAGAGACAGCCAACUAUCUGCUCGAUCGUGGGGCAGAUCCAGCGGACCAAAAAGCUAUUCUCAACGCCAUCUCUCAUGAUCUGAGACUUUUGAAUCUCAUCCUCGAGAAGUUUCGCAAGCAAUAUCCGAGAGGACGCACAGGCUUCGGCGGUCGAGUACUGCAUCAUGUGCUACAGACACACGAUGACGAGCUCAUGUCCGUAUGCCUCAGUGCAAGAUUUGAUGUCAACAGCUUGACUGUGUUCAAGGAGUACGAGACUGUGACCGCACUCGGACUUGCGAUCAGAAAAAGCCGUGGCGAUCGUCUGGAGAUGAUCUGUAAGCUGCUGAACGCUGGAGGCGAUGCUAAUGUUAUAGCCAGCCGAUCUGACCCAUAUUCUUACCGAAUAAUGGUACAGCAGACAGCAUUCCUGGAAGCUAUUGAGACAAAGAGCUUGGCUCUGGUCAGGCUGCUCAUUUCAAAAGGAGCGGACGUCGGAAAAGAGGCGAAGUUGGGCCUGAAACGCACGCCCUUGCAAAAGGCAUGUGAACUUCAAAGUCAUACAAUUGUCGACCUCCUCCUCGCGCACAAUGUCGACGUGAACGCCGCUCCGGCAGCUCGUGGAGGCGCGACUGCACUUCAGCUUGCUGCCAAAGCGGGUUCAAUGAGGAUCGCAAAGAGGUUGCUGGAUGCGGGUGCGGAAGUAAUUGGCCCAGUCGCGCAGGUUGGGGGACGCUCUGCCAUCAAUUACGCGGCACAAUAUGGUCGGCUCCAUAUGAUAGAGCUUCUAUGGAAUGCCGCUGGUGGGAAGUUUGCUGCUGAACAGUAUGAGAAUGCAAUUGCGGUGGCACAAGAGAACGACGCAUCUGCUCUGGACGGUGCGGCAGCACGGGCGCCAGUGCGGUUUGAGAUUCCAAGCUAUCACGAAGGAAUCCCUCCAGUAAUCAUGGCUAAGAGCUUCCGCGAACUCAUCGGCGUGCAGCCGUCGACGGCAUCCACCAAGGACAGCGUCCUGGUCAUAAUCGACGCGCAGAACGAGUACGCAGAGGGCCAGCUCAAGACGGCCAACGUCGACUCGACGCGCAAGGCGAUCUCGGGCCUGCUGGAGAAGUACCGCUCGGCAUCGGCGCCCCUGGUGCACGUCGUGCACAAGACACCCGACGGCGCGCCGGUGUUCACGCCGGGGACGGCGCUGGCGGCCGAGUUCAGCGAGCUGGAGCCGCGGGGCGGCGAGAAGGUCGUCGGCAAGCAAUUUCCCGGCAGCUUCACGGGGACCGACUUGGACGAGUACCUCAAAGGCACUGGGAGGGGCAAGAUUGUGCUGACGGGCUACAUGGCCCACGUCUGCGUCAGCACGACUGCGCGGCAGGCCGCGGAGAAGGGCUACGAUGUGGUCAUCGCGGAGGACGCGGUGGGGGAUCGCGAUAUCCCCGGGGUCAAGGCGGAGGAUCUCGUGAGGACUUCGCUGGCUGAAUUGAGCGAUGCCUUUGGCUCUGUUGUCAAGUCUGCGGACAUCAACUGA